AUUAAAUUGUGGAAUGAAAGUUGAUGAUAUCAACAAAACUAUAGUAAAGGAAAGUGAGAUGAGUAAUGAAGAAGAGAAAGAAGAGGAAGCUGAUAAUUCUAAAUUAAAAUACAUAAUAAUGAUACUUGGAUGUCUUUUAAUGUUUGGAAACAAUUAUUCAUUUGAUAAUCCAUAAGCACUAUAAAAAUAGUUAACAAAAGAUUUAGAUAUAUCAAUAUCAAAUUAUAAUUUACUAUAUUCUGCAUUUUCAUUUCCAAAUAUAUUUUUAACAUUAAUAGGAGGAUUAAUAAUAGAUUUUUUAGGUAAUAUUAUUAUUUGAAUAAAUAAAAGGUGUACGAUUUGGGAUUAUUUUAUUUAGUGCAAUAGUAGUAGUUGCAUAGACAAUUGUAGCAUUAGGAGGUGCAUUUAAAAUAUUUUGGAUAAUGUUAGUAGGAAGAAUAAUAUUUGGAUGUGCAUCUGAGAAUUUAGUAAUAGCUUAAGCAGCUAUAAUUGGUAAAUGGUUUAGAGGGAAAGAGUUAUCAACAGUAAAAUAAUAUAUAUAUAUUCUAAGGCAAUUGGUUAUAUAAUGACAGUACCAGAAUUAGCUAGUGCUGCUAACUCAUUCAUUACUCCAAUGUUAUAUGAUUCAUAUGAGGGUUUAACAUAUCCAUUGUUUUUUAGUGUGAUUCUUUGUAUAUUCUCAUUUAUUUGUGCAGUUGUUUUGUGUAUAUUAGAUAAAAAGAAUGAGAUUAAUAAAUUGAGUAUAAAAAUAUAUGUUAUGUAGAGGGUUAAUUUAUAAUUGAAGAAUAAGAGGAAGAGGAUGAAAUUGAAGAAAAAGAAUAGAAAGAUGAAAUUGAAAGAGUAUCAUUUAAAGAUAUUAAAAAUUUAAAUGGAACAUUUUGGAUAUUAGUUAUGAUAUGUACAUUAACAUUAGGAUCAUAUACUCCAUUUUUAGAUGAUGCAAAUGAUUUUUUAUAAGAAAAAUUUGCAUUUACAACACUUUAAGCAGGAAAAGUAUUAACAAUUCCAUAUUUAAUGGCAGGUAUUUUUUUGAUAAUUUAGCUAUCACAAGUCCUUUUUUUGGACCAUACAUAGAUAAAGUAGGAUAAAGAAGAAAAUUCAUUUUAAUAACAUGUAUAUUAUUUACAGUGACUCAUUUUGCUUUUGGAAUUAUGCCAAAUGGUUAGCAUGGAUAACCGAAUUGGUAUUCUAUUAUUCCAUUAAUGUUAUUGGGAUCUAAUUAUGCUUUAUAUUCUUGUGUAUUGAUUCCUUCUAUUUAAUAUAUUGUUGCUGAAAAAGUAGUUGGUACUGCAUUUGGUUUAUUGGGAAUGUUUGAAAGUGUUGCAUUAGCAUUCUUUCCCAUUAUAGCUGGUUAUAUAGUUGAAAUUUCAGAUGAUCCUGAAUUAGGUUAUUCGAAUGUAGGAUUCUUUUUUUCAGGAAUAUCUUUAUUUGCAAUCCUAUUUACAUUAUCAUUAUAUUUCUUUGAUAAAAAAGGAUCUAUGGUUUUAGAUUUUAUUAAUCCAGAAGAUCCUUCUGAAUUAGAAAAGAAAAUGCUUAGAACUACUAAAUCUGAAUCUAGUAGUGAAGAAGAUGAAGAUGAAUCUAGUGAUGAAGAUUCAGAUGAUGAUGAUUAAUUUAAAAAAAUUAAAGCUUGUAAGAGUUAUGGAAGUUUAAAGAAGAAUACAUAAAUAUUUGCAUCUCCUUUAUUUAGAACUAGAAGUUUAUAUUAUUGA